UUAGAUUUUGGAUAUAUAGUUACCCAUAAAUUAAAACCAAAUUUCAUUAAUUUGAUAAUAAUCAUUAUCUAAAAUUAUUCUAUAUUGUGUUAUCCGAAAAUAUUUCACAUCAUAAUAUUUAAAAAACAAUUUAUAUGUUAAGUUUAGGUAUUUUGACAUAUGUUAUUAAAAUUUAUAUGUAAUAUAUUUUAUAAACAAUUUUGAGAAAUGUAAAGUAUAUAAUGAAUUUUUAAAUUUUAAAAUAAUUUAAAUGAAUUAUCCGAAUUCAAACCGAAUCCGCAAAAAUCCGAAUCAAACCCAAAGCAAAAUUUAGAAUUAGCCAAAUUGAACUGAAAUAUUUGACCCGAAAAUCCCAAAUCCGAAUACCCAAAUACACACCCCUGAUAAAAACUAUAAUAAUAUAUAACAAAUAAGAAUAUUAAGGUGGUGAACGUAAGAUCUGAAGAAAAUAUUUGAUUCCAAAAAUUAAGCCUAAAAGUUUGACGGUAGAAUAUUAUAUUUUUGUCUUGAUUCUCACACAUACAGCUUACCAAAAUUUUGACCAAAUAUAAGUCAAGUUUUAAUUAAACGUGAUAGAAAAUUUUGCCAACAUUUAACAUGAAAAUUUCUUCCUUAUCGGAUUUAAGAAAAAACUCCUUAUUUGGUUCAUGUGAUUUAAACAUAGUAAAUCAAAUUUCCAUGUUGACCAAGUGCUUUGAAUAAAAGAUUCCAAGUCCUUAUGAUUGUUCUAAGUUUCCAAAAUUGAUUUACCUAUUUUCCAUUAAAUAGUAGAUGAACCUGAAUUCAUUCUCGAUUUCUAAAUUUAAAAAUAUUUGAAUUCGAAAAUAUCGAUUACAUAUUGAGUUGCGUGAAUAAUAAUCAUCUGCAUAUUUUAGAAAUAUCAAGAAAAAUGAACAAAAAAUAAAAAUAUUUUCCAGUGAUAUAGAGAAGUGAGAACAAUGAACAAAAUAAACCUUUUUAUGAAAUAGUAAGCUUAGAAAAUGUGUCAGGUUUUAUGAAAUAAAUUUUAGGUUAUUUUCCCGUUGAAUAUUUAGUUACACGUGAUCUUAGCUUCAAAUUUAUAUUGUAAACAUACUGGAUUGAACUUCUUGUUAAUAAUCAUACCACAGCCACAUUAGGCGAGAAGACGAUUUAGGAUUGAACGAAAGGCAGUGAUUUGAAAACCUCAUUCAUCGCAGCAAUGUUAAAAUAUUUUAACCAAAUGUUUUCAACAAGAAUUCAGACAACUAUUUACCUAAGCAUAAGAAAUAUAAAUUCAUAAAGAGCAGAGCCUUGAAAUUACCAUUACUUAAACUUGAAUUACAAAUGAUAUGGUGGUUUAAAGAAACCACAGAACGAACUGAAGUCCAGAACUGAAAAUCAAAACGAAAAAACUCAUAGCAUUAUGCAAACAUAAGCCUCUGCUCACACUUCCACUAACGCCUAGUCUCACUAGCCACUUUUUCAAACUUCUCCUUCUUGAUCUUUAUAGUACACACUGAUCUUGUAACAGAGUUCUGAUCAAAAGACUCCUCCAAAUUAAUGAUUGGAGUCCUUGUUCGCUUGGUUGGUCUCAGAUCAUACCACCAUGCAAGAUCAGGGACCCCUAUAUUAAAAAAUGCAAAACAAUCAGCUCCUAAGUUUAUACACAAUCCAUGAAUAUAUGUAUUAUUCUAAAGGAAGUCUAUCAUGCAACCUCGGGUGCAUCCGACUGUGUUGGAAAUGUCCCUCCAAACGUGCCAUCACUUCCCUAGAUAUUGCAAUAAUAUCAUGUUAGAAUGUCGGUUUCUUAUAGAUGAAGAAAUAUAUUAUAUAAUAAUAUAUUGGUUUUACCGUAGGAGAUUGAGCCGGAAUAACCAAAAUCAAUGAAUGACUCUACGCACUUUGAUAUUGUAAGCAUCACUUACCAAGGCCUCAGGUCUGAGACAUGGUUCAUCGCAGCCAUGGUGAAUUUCUAAGUUUUGUGAAUGAUCAAUGAUGUUGCUUUUGUUUAGUGAAUAAUGAAAUGACUCACUCCCCCUUGGGUUUUAUAGGAGGAAAACAGAGAAUUAAAGAGAAUAUAUUCGUAAUUUAAACCAAGGAAAAAUUGGAUAAAUAGGACACUUUGAACUUGGAUUUGUCACAUUAGGAUUUCUAGAAAAUAUUUUAGGAAAAUAGGAUUUUAAAUCUUGUAAAAUACCAAAGUACCCUUAAUUUACCAAUUAUGUUGAAUUUAAAUUAUAAAUUAUAAUAAUUUUCGUUUUAAUGUUAAAAUUAAAAUCUAUAAAAAUUAAAAAAAAAAAACACUAAAUGGGAAAAAGGGAGACGCGGGAUGCCGCAAACCUAAUUCCUCUUUCUCCUUGUCUUCUCCGUCGUAGAGUCGUCGUUCUCCCACGGCGAUUUAGGGUUCAACGGUGAGAAGCUCUGUUCUUCGUCGGUGUUUCAUCAGCCCGUGGUCUCUACUCUCGUCUCCGUCACCAUCCUUUUCGAUCUCACUGAAGACACAACGGCUGCGAAUCGUUCUUCCUCUUCGUUGGGUCAAAUCGAUUUUUGAAGUGUUCUUCCAUCAAUUUCGCUUCUCAAUCUCACAAUUCUUCACAUAAGGUAUUGGAUUACAUCUAUAGAUUCUCAUAUUAAACGAAAUCGAAGUGUUCUUCCAUUAAAGCUCGAUUUUUUUUAAAAACGAUUUGGCGUGUUUCUUAAACUAAUUUUGUUUCACGGAUUGGUUAAACAUCUUAUACAUCAUUAUUUGUGUGAUGAUAUUGAAACCUUUACAUGUUGAACUAACAAUUUUGUCACGGUUUGUAGCUAUGUCUGAGGAGCUACCGAAGAGGCUUUUUAAGGAGGGCGAGGAGCCCCGAGUUACUCAGAUCAACAACAACUGCAGGAUCGACUACAUAAUCCGAAAGUUCCAAGCGUGGCUGCCAAAGGAGUUGGAUGUCGUGAAGAAAGACCCGGUUUUUCAUCAGAUUUUUAAGCUCCAUGAGAAUGGUCUUGGAUACUCUGCCAGGGUGAUACACAGCUUCUUGUGUAGGGAGCUGGUGACUUUCUUACAGCACGAGCUAUGGUUUGUCUUUGCGAGGAGACCGCUUCGAUUCUCAUUGCAAGAGUUCCACGCCGUAACCGGGUUUGAAUGCGAUACUCAUAUCUCGCUUGAGGAGUUUGAAGAGUGGAAAUAUGAUGGUGGUUUCUGGAGCAAGGUUUUGAGGAGAAAAGAUGGAACAAUUACACUCUUCAACCUGUGGACUAAGGACAAGGAAGCUGUAAAGAAGUGGAGGAAUGCAGAUCGCAUACGUCUUGUCUACUUGGCGAUCAUUCUUUGUGUGGUAUUGGCGAGAGAUGAGAAGGCUAAUAUCCCCCUGAAGUACAUCGCGGUGGUCAUGGAUCUUGACAGAGUUCGAAGGUAUCCUUGGGGAGUUGCUGCUUAUGACCUUCUCUGCAAAUCAAUAGCCAAAAAUCGUUCCCAACUGAAGGAAAAGACCACUAGCUAUGUCUUGGAUGGCUUCUCAUACGCCUUGCAGAUUUGGGCAAUGGAAGCGGUACCAAAAAUUGGGAAGCUUUGUGGAAAAAAGCUGGAUAAGGGUUUCAAGGACGGUCCUAGAUGCAUAAACUGGAUGGGAGCUGCGAAGGUGUCAUAUGAGGAGAUCAUUCGCUUGGAGGAGAUUAUUACACCCAAGGAUGACAUCUACCCAUACAUCUCAUGGACAGGAAAUUAUGAUGUUGUCAAAGCUCAGGCGUUUCGCAGAGAUGAUGAUGUGGAGGAUGAUAGAAUCAAUGUUCUGAUGGAGAUGAUAAAGAAGGGGCAUGAUUUUAGUGAGCAUGUUUGGGAAACUGAAGAAAAUGAAGUGAUUUCUUUAUCUCUCGAUGACGAAUCAGCUGUGAAUGAUGAAGCAAGCGUGAAUGUUGAAGCAGCCGAGAGUGAUGACGACUUUCAGACUCCGAAAGGAUCAAAAAACGUUGGUUCUAGAUCAAAGAGGGGUAAAAAGAGGCUUCCCGAUCGUGGUAUGGAGAAGAGAAAGCAUAAGGUUCUCGCAAGUGGUGCAAAGCAAGCUCCUUUUAAUGAAGACAUGAAGGCUUUUAUGACACAGUUGUUUGAGCACAACUUCUCUGGAAUGGAACAAAGGAUACAGAAACAGAUGGCCGAGACAUUUGAGCAGAUGCGGACAGAGCUUAAACAAUCACGUAAGGAAGCCAGCGUUGAAGUUGAGCUUGGAGAGCCUUCACCGACAAAGCCAUCGACGAGCCAGGCACCGUUGAGGAGGUCCACACGCGGGGUAAACAAACACUAGUCUUCACCAUCCUCUUCAAUGUUAUUUUGUCUUGUUUAAGUU